CUGACGUCACGCGGCACGGCGCCGGCGUGCGGGAUUCGGCCGUUUUGAGUUUAGCAGCUGUUAGCGACUUCGCGCGUAGCGGUCUGGCUUUGAAAUGCAGCGGGAUUUAGUGAGUUUCCCCUUGUCCCCAGCAGUGCGGGUGAAGUUAGCGUCUGCAGGUUUUCAGACGGCUGAGGAACUCUUAGAUGUGAAGCCCUCCGAGCUCAGCAAAGAAGUUGGUAUAUCUAAAGAGGAAGCCUUAGAAACUCUGCAGAUUAUACGAAGAGAAUGUCUCACAGAUAAACCAGGACAUUCUGGUACAGCUGAAUCAGGCAAGAAGUGUACAGCACUGGAUCUUCUUGAGCAGGAGCAUACCCAGAACUUCAUAAUUACCUUCUGUUCAGCACUAGAUAAUAUUCUUGGGGGUGGAGUACCCUUAACCAAAACAACAGAAAUUUGUGGUGCACCAGGUGUUGGAAAAACACAAUUAUGUAUGCAGUUGGCAGUAGAUGUGCAGAUACCAGAAUGUUUUGGAGGAGUAGAAGGCGAAGCAGUUUUUAUUGAUACAGAAGGAAGUUUUAUGGUUGAUAGAGUGGUAGACCUUGCAACUGCCUGCAUUCAGCACCUUCAGCUUAUAGCAAAAACACAUAUGGGAGAGGUGCACCCCAAGGCUUUGGAGAAUUUCACUCUUGAAAAUAUUCUUUCUCAUAUUUAUUAUUUUCGUUGUCGUGACUACACAGAGCUAUUGGCACAAGUUUAUCUCCUUUCAGACUUCCUCUCAGAACAUUCGAAGGUUCGAUUAGUCAUAGUGGAUGGUAUUGCUUUUCCUUUUCGUCAUGACCUUGAUGACCUACCCCUUCGUACUCGAUUACUAAAUGGCCUAGCCCAGCAAAUGAUCAGCCUUGCAAAUAAUCACAGAUUAGCUGUAAUUUUAACUAAUCAGAUGACAACAAAGAUAGAUGGAAAUCAGGCCUUGCUGAUACCAGCAUUGGGGGAGAGUUGGGGACAUGCUGCGACAAUACGGCUGAUCUUUCAUUGGGAUCAAAAGCAAAGGCAAUUGAAAGCAGCAGAAUCUUUUAUUCUACACUUCUGGAAAUGUCAGAAUUAUGCCAGCCUCUCUGCUUUGAGAUUAAUUGGUAUAACAUAGAGUACUUGGGUUUGAAAUGUUCUAAUAAAAGGGAGAAAUUGAGACAGUGUGUGGGCAAAGAUGGAAGAAGGGGAUACUUAAAUACAUAUUGGGUCUGGUCAGUGAUAUUGUUUAUUUCUUUAUUGAAUUUCUUUGUUUUUCUAUAAAAUGAAAAAGAUCAUGCUUCAGCUCACCAAGUUAGGUUUUACUGACUCUGAACUCAUAGCAGAACCAGUCACACAUACAUCUUUGGCAACUAAUUCAUACAGUUUGUGUCUCUUUUAAAGAUGGCCUUUGC